AUGACGUUGACAGGCAACCGGACAUCGCUGUCCAGCGAGGGCGGCACGUUGCUCUUGUUCGGAUCGCAAGCCCUGUCGUUCGACGCCGAAGCCUUUGCCGCCCUGCGGGCGAGCGUGUGGGGCACGGGGGAGCAGCAAUGGGUUGGCGAGGCACUGGCGUCGUUGGCCGGGUGCUGGGACGGCUUCCUGCAGGCGUUCCCCAAGUACAAGGUCGACAGCGGGGCCAGAGAGCUGCUGGCCGACCUGGACAAGUGGUUCCGCACCGGUGUGAUGCGGCCAGGCGUGCUGGACGGCGCCGGCCCGAGGGUGCCCAACAUCGUCCUCAGCCCGCUCGUCAUCAUCGCACAGCUUGUCGGCUACAUGCGAUGGCAGCUAGACGAGACUGCUGCGCCUGUCUUGGGCACGCUCGGCUUCUGCACGGGUCUGCUGAGCGCGUAUGCCGUGGCGCUCGGCAAGGACAAGACCCAAGUUCGCACGCACGGCGCCACGGCCGUGAGACUGGCCAUGCUGAUUGGCGGCAUCGUGGAUGCGCAGGAGUCUCUUGACCCGUCGGGACCGGCAACAGCGCUGGCAACGGCGUGGUCGUCGCCCGCCGGGGGACAAGAGCUGAACAGGCUGCUGCACGAGUUUCCCGACAGUUACAUCUCCGUCUCGUACGACGAGAGCAGAGCCACCGUCACGACGGCUGCCGCGACAGCCUCGAAGCUGGAGCAGGCGCUCAGAGCGGCCGGUCUCGUAGCCUCCGAGAUCGGCCUGCACGGGAGGUUCCACCACGCGUGGUACAAGGACGACAUGGACCUGCUGGUGGCCUACUGCGACCGGGAGGCGAGCCUGCGGCUUCCCGACGCAGCCGGCCUCCUCUGCCCAACCUGGUCUGGCUGGGACCCCGACGACGCUUCGAAAGCGGGCGCGGCUGCCGCUGGCCGCGGGCCGCUGCACGCACACGCGCUGCACACCAUCCUGGCCAACAAGUCCGAGUGGCACCGGCGGUUCGAGAUGGCCGUGGCCCUGGCAGCACCGGACCGGCUCGCCACGCUGCGGCUGACGUCGUUCGGCCCCGAGCGCUGCGUCCCGCCGUCGGCCAUGCGCAGGUUCGGCCCGCGCGCCACGCACAUCGGCCACCUGGCGACGUCUCCCGGCGGCUCGGGGGCGCAGGCCGCGGCAGAGAAGGAACCGAUGCCCGAGCCGCGCAAGGCCGACGACGUGGCCAUCGUCGGCGUGUCCAUUAAGGUGGCGGGCGCCGACGACGUCGACGAGUUCUGGGAGUUGCUGUGCCGCGGGGCGUCGCAGCACCAGGAGGUGCCCGGCUCGCGGCUGAGUUUUGACAACGUGUGGCGGGCCAAGGACGAGUCGCGCAAGUGGUUCGGCAACUUCAUCGCCGACCACGACGCCUUUGACCACAGGUUCUUCAAGAAGACGCCGCGCGAGAUGGCGUCGGUCGACCCGCAGCAGCGGCACAUGCUGCAGGUGGCGUACCAGGCAGUCGAGCAGUCGGGCUACUUUGGCGUGGCCCCCGACAGGAUCGACAAGAAGGUGGGCUGCUUCGUGGGCGUGUGCAGCGCCGACUACGAGAACAACAUGGCGUGCCACGAGCCCAACGCCUUCACGGCCGUCGGCAACCUCAAGUCGUUCAUCGCCGGCAAGAUCAGCCACUGGUUCGGCUGGCUGGGCCCGAGCCUGUGCAUCGACACGGCCUGCAGCUCGUCGCUGGUGGCCGUGCACCAGGCCUGCCGCGCCGUCCUAGGCGGGGACUGCUCGGCGGCGCUGGCCGGCGGUGCCAACAUCAUGACCAACAGCCUGUGGUUCCAGAACCUGGCCGCCGGCGGGUUCCUGAGCCCGACGGGCGCCUGCAAGCCCUUCGACGCCAAGGCCGACGGCUACUGCCGCGGCGAGGGCUUCGCGGCCGUCAUGGUCAAGACGGUGGCGCGCGCGCUGGCCGACGGCGACCAGAUCCUGGCCACGAUUUCCAGCUCCGCCGUGUACCAGAACCAGAACUGCACGCCCGUGUUCGUGCCGAACUCGCCGUCGCUGUCGGACCUCUUCGCCGACGUGGUCGCCCAGGCCCGGCUCGACCCCGGGGAGAUCACCGUCGUCGAGGCCCACGGCACCGGCACGCAGGUCGGCGACCCGGCCGAGUACGCGAGCGUCAAGGACGUGCUCGGCGGGCCGCGCACCGGCCGCACCGAACCGCUCGCGCUGGGCUCCGUCAAGGGCCUCGUCGGCCACACCGAGUGCGCGUCGGGCGCCGUGUCGCUCGUCAAGACGCUGCUCAUGACCGCGCACCGCAUGAUCCCGCCAAGCGCAAGCUUCGACACGCUGAACCCGGCCAUCGCUGCAUCCCCAGACGACAAGAUCCACAUUGCCGCACGGCUGGAGCCGUGGGUCGUGCCCGACGGCGGCGUGCACGCGGCCCUGAUCAACAACUACGGCGCGUCGGGCUCCAACGCGUCCAUGGUCGUGACUGGGGCGCCCAGGGCCAGGCCAGCAAAGACGCGCGACGACGCGCCAGGUGUCGAGUACCCGUUCCGCAUCUUUGGGGCUGACGAGCGCGCGAUCAAGGCCUAUUGUGGUCGACUGGUCAGGUUCUUGACUGAGAGCGCUGCGUUCAGGGGAGCCGGCGCCGGCGCCGGCGCCGACGCCGCGCCGUCGCUCGCCAACACGGCGCCGUCGCUCGCCAACACGGCCUUCAACGUCUCGCGCCAGGCCAACCCGACGCUGGACAAGGCGCUCGUGUUCGCCGCGCGCUCUGUCGAGCAGCUCGUGCAGAAGCUGGCGGCGUUCGAAAAGGGGAGCACGGAGGGCACGAACCUAGUAUCGGCAUCGCAGAAGCCGGCGCGGCCCGUGAUCCUGUGCUUCGGCGGGCAGGUGAGCACGUUCGUGGGGCUCGACCGGGGCGUGUACUCGUCGUCGCGGAUCCUACGGCAGCACCUGGGCGCGGUCGACGCCGUGUGCGCGUCCCUGGCUGGGAGCAGCGGCAGCAUCUUCCCGGCCAUCUUCCAGCGCACGCCCGUCGACGACCCCGUGCGGCUGCAGACGGCGCUGUUCGCGCUGCAGUACGCGAGCGCGCGCAGCUGGAUCGACUGCGGGCUGGCGCCCGCAGCCGUCGUCGGCCACAGCUUUGGCGAGCUGGUGGCGCUGGCCGUCUCGGGCACGCUGUCGCUGCGCGACGCCCUGCGCGUGGUCGUCGGGCGCGCGACAGUCAUCCGCGAGGCCUGGGGCGCCGAUAAGGGGUCCAUGGCCGCCGUCGAGGGCGAUUUGGCCGCCGUCGGGGCGCUGCUGGCCCGCGCGGGUGGCAAGGCUACCAUCGCCUGCUACAACGGCCCGCGUAGCUUCACGGUGGCCGGGACCGCCGCCGAGAUCGACGCCGUGGUCGAGACGCUGGGCAGCAGCGCCGACUUCGCGUCGACGCGCUGCAAGCGGCUGAGCGUUACCAACGCGUUCCACUCGACGCUGGUCGAGCCGCUGGUGCCGCGGCUCGUCGAGAUCGGCCAGACGCUGGCCUUCAGCGAGGACCCGCACAUCCCGCUCGAGCGGGCCGUCGAGUCGGGGCUGCCGCAGCACACGCGGCUGACGGCCAACUACGUGGCCGAGCACAUGCGCAACCCCGUCUUCUUCAGCCACGCCAUCCAGCGCAUCGCCGAGCGGUACCCCGGCGGGUGCGUCUUCCUCGAGGCCGGGUCCAACUCGACCAUCACGGGCAUGGCGAGCAGAGCACUCGGCGCGCCGCGCGAGUCGCACUUCCAGGCCGUCAACAUCACGGGCGACGGUGGCAACGGGCCGCAGAUGCUCGCCAACGCCACGCUCGGCCUGUGGAAGGAGGGCCUGCGCACCGCCGUCUUCUGGCCACAUCACCGCGUGCAGACGUACGAAUAUACUCCGCUGCUCCUCCCGCCGUACCAGUUCGAGCGCUCGCGCCACUGGCUCGACAUGAAGGCGCCGCCCAAGCCCGUCCCCCUACCCGCCGAGACACGUACACCCGACACCGCCGCGCCACCCCUCGGCCUGUUCUCCUUCGUCGAGCACCGCGACGGCAACGCGCGCGCGCCCGUGUUCCGCAUCAACACGCAGGCGCAAAGGUACCUCGACUACGUGUCGGGGCACUUCAUCGCCAAGACGGCGGCCAUCUGCCCGGCGACGCUGAUCGUCGACAUGGCCGUCGAGGCGCUGGCCAGCGUGCGGCCCGACCUACUACUGUCCCAAGACCAAAGCUCGCCGCCCGCGUACGCGCCGCAGAUCCACCAAGUCAGCAACCAAGCCGCCAUCUGCCUCGACGCAUCGCGGACCGUGUCGCUGCGGUUUGCUUCCGCCGACGACAACUUGUGGCACUGGCAGGUCGUCAGCACCGGCAACGACCCGGACAGAAGCGGCGGCGAGACGCUGCACGCGCUGGGCCAGCUCGUGCUGGCGCGGCCCGACGACGGCGCCGCGCUGGCCGAGUUCAAGCGGUACGAGCGGCUGACGGGACACCACGCGCACUGCGCAGCCGUGCUGGACGGGAGCGGCGCUGACGACAUGAUCCACGGCGCGCGCAACAUCUACCGCGCCUUCGCCGAGGUGGUCGACUACCCAUCCCCGUACCGCGGCGUGCAGCGGCUGGUGGGCCGCGGCUUCGAGUCGGCGGGGCGUGUGGUAAAGCGGGCGGCGCCGGGGGGUGGCUGGCUCGACACGCACCUCGCCGACAGCUUCAGCCAGGUGGCCGGCAUCUGGGUCAACUGCAUGACGGACGCGGAUCCGGGGGACAUGUACAUUGCCGUCGGGUUCGAGAAGUGGCUGCGCUCGCCGCUGCUGGGCGGGGACGAGUACAAGAGCGUCGAGACGUGGGACGUGCUGGCGAGGCACGAGCGCGUUGGCGACAAGGCGUUCCUGAGCGAUAUCUUUGUGUUUGAGGCCGAGAGCGGGAAGCUGGCGGAGGUCAUUCUGGGCGUGAACUACCACCAGGUCAGCAAGCUGUCCAUGAGCAAGAUGCUGGCGCGGCUCACGCCGGGGCUGGCGGUGCCGGUGGCGGCGAAUGCUGCUGCUGCUGCUGCGACUCGGGCUGCAAAGCACGGAAGUGGUGAUGCUCUGCCGGCUCCGCCGGCUCAGACGAGAACGAGCGUGCCGCAGCUUUCCGUGCAGACAGAAGUCAAGGCUGCGGCGGCCAAGGGGCCAGCUGCCGCACCGGCCGUUGACGUCGUCGGCAAGAUCCGGACCAUCCUGGGCGAGCUGUCGGGGCUCGAGCCGGGCGAGAUCUCCAUCGAUGCUAACCUCGCCGACCUGGGCAUCGACUCGCUCAUGGGCAUGGAGCUGGGGCGCGAGAUGGAGGGCGCGUUCAAGGCGCGGCUGAUGAGCGACGAGCUGGCGAGCGUGCUCACGUUCCGCGAGCUGGUCGCCCAUGUUGCUGGCGUGCUCGGCGUGGCGGACGGCCCGUCGGGCGGCGACCACGAAGACACGGGCGACAGCGAGGUUGAUGACGGCGACUCCACCUCGUCGACGCCGCCGACCAGCUUCUCGCCCACGCCGCCUCUCGCCGCGCAGCACGAGCACGUCAAGGCCGGUGCUGCCGCCGCUGCCGCCGCGUCACGGGCUGUGGCAGACGGCCUCGGGGGAAGCGAGGAGCUGCACCUGUCGCCGGCGGCCGUGUUCGAGGCCUUUGAGGAGACGAAGCGGCUGACGGACGACCUGAUCGCGCAGUACGGCUGCGCCGGCUACAUGGACACGGUACUGCCGCGGCUGACGCAGCUGUGCAUCGCGCUGGCGCUCGAGGCGUGCGAGCAGCUGGGGUGCCGCAUCGCUGCGGCGGCGCCGGGCGAGCGGCUGCCGCGCAUCCCGCACAUGCUCGCCGACGCCGCGCGGCUGGUCGACGUGUCGCCGUCCACGGGCGUCGUCACGCGCACCGCCGCGUCGGCGGCCCCCUACAAGGCCAGCGCCAGCCUGCGCGCGGACCUGCUGCGCGCGUUCCCCGAGCACGAGUCGGUGAUCCGGCUGACCUUCUUCGCCGGCAGCCGGCUCGCCGACGUGCUGCGCGGCGAGCAGGACGGCAUCAAGCUGAUCUUCGGCACCGACGACGGCCGCCGCCUCGUCACGGGCCUGUACGGCGACAGCCUGCUCAACAACCUGGCCAACGCGCAGAUGCGCGACGUGCUGGCGCGGGUCGUGGCCAGGCUCCCCAGCAACAGCGGCCCGCUCAAGAUGCUCGAGCUGGGCGCCGGCACCGGCGGCACCACCAAGGACAUGGUGCCGAUGCUGGCGGCGCUGGGCGUGCCCGUCGAGUACACCUUCACGGACCUGUCGGGGUCCUUCGUGGCGGCGGCACGCAAGAAGUUCGGCGCGCAGUACCCCUUCAUGAAGUUCCGCGUGCAUGACAUCGAGAAGGCGCCGGCACCCGAACUGGGGCGGCACCACGUGGUCAUCGGCAGCAACGCCAUCCACGCGACGCGCAACCUGCGCGAGUCGGUAGCGCACGUCCGCCAGGCCUUGAGGCCUGAUGGGUUCCUGCUGAUGCUGGAGAUGACGCAGCCCGUGUACUGGGUCGACAUCAUUUUCGGGCUGUUCGAGGGCUGGUGGCGCUUCGAGGACGGCCGCACUCACGCCAUCGCCCACCAGUCGCGCUGGCAGGCUGACCUGCACGCCGCCGGCUACGGCCGCGUCGACUGGACCGAUGGCUGGCGGCCCGAGAUCGAGAUCCAGCGCAUCAUCGUCGCCCAGGCUUCAGCCUCCCCGGGCUUCCCGCUCGAGCCGACGCGCAUCGACUUCCCCGCGCCGCCGCCGCCGGCGGUCCAGACAAGCAUGCUGCCGGCUGACAGGGCGCUGCUCGACGGCUAUGUGCAGAAGUACGCCGCCGGCUUCGACAUGCCGCCACGACCUGCAGCACCUGCAGCAACCCCAAACGACAAAAGCCUCCGGCAGCCCCUCCCCGCGCGCGUGGCCGUCACCGGCGCAACCGGUUCGCUAGGCGCGCACCUCGUGGCACACCUUGCCUCCCUCCCGCACGUCGAAACCGUCUUCUGCCUGAACCGGCGCAGCACGACCGGGGAACCCUCGGAGCGACAACAAGACGCUUUCACGUCGCGCGGGAUUACCCUGACACCGUCCACACAGGCCAAGCUACGCAUCCUGGCCGUCGACAGCACGAAACCAUGCCUCGGGCUCGCGCGCGACGUCUACGCGUCCCUCACGACCAGCGUCACACACAUCAUCCACAACGCCUGGCCCAUGACGGGCAAGCGGCCGGCGAGCGCGCUCGAGCCGCAGUUCGCCGCCAUGCGCCACCUGCUCGACCUCGCGCGCGACGCCGCGCUUGCCCAGACGCCCCAGACGGGGAACAAGAUCGCGUUCCAGCUGGUCUCGUCCAUCGCCGUCAUGGGGCACCACCACCUGACGGGGUCCCGCCUCGCACCAGAAGCCCGCGCCGCGCCCGACGACGUGCUGCCGAACGGCUACGCGCACGCCAAGUGGGUGUGUGAGCGCAUGGUCGACGCCGCCCUCCACAACCAUGCGGCAUGGUUCCGCGCGUGCGUGGUGCGGCCGGGCCAGAUCGCGGGGAACUCGGCGAGUGGCGCGUGGAACGAGAACGAGCACCUCGCGUUUCUGGUCAAGAGCUCGCAGACGCUGCGCGCGCUGCCAGCGCUGGGGGGGGAGCUGUGCUGGACGCCCGUCGAGGCGGUCGCGGGCGCGGUCGCGGAUCUGGUGCUGUUGGGUGAGGAGACGCAUAUGGCGCCUGUGUACCACGUCGACAACCCCGUGCGCCAGCCGUGGGGCGAUGUGUUGGGUGUGAUGCGUGAGGAGUUGGGCGUGCAGGAGGUCGUGCCGUUCGACGCGUGGGUGCGCCGCGUGCGCGCGUUCCCGGGGUCGAUGGAUGAUAAUCCGGCGGCGCGGCUGAUUGAUUUCCUCGAUGAGAAUUUCGUGCGGAUGAGCUGCGGCGGUAUGUUGCUGGACACGAAGAAAGCGUGCGAGCAUUCGGCUACCAUGCGCGCGGUCGGGCCGGUCAGCAAGGAGGUGGUGAAGCGGUAUUUGGAGUGGUGGAAGCUGAGGGGAUUUUUACACGCCACGAAUGGGGAUGGGCGACGGCUUAGGUGA